CAUUAGAUUUCCAUAGAAAAAAAGCUGAAUAUCUAAUGUUCCAGAGUUGCACAACCAUAACAAUCUAUAAUUGGAACUGGCCAAAUCCAGUAUUUAAUAACAAACGGAUGGGUUUAUUCUGGGCCCCUGGCCAAACAUAAUCAAUCUUCAUCACCUAUUCUCUGUUCUCAGAACCUCUAGCUAAUACCAGUUCUGCUGUGGACAUGAAGAACACGUGUGGAUUGAGAGAGAGAGCAGGACAAGAGGCGUUUUGGUCUAGUACGUGAAGCUCCAUCCGCCUCCUGUAAACGGGUUUCAGUCAGUGUGAGUAUUUGGCGUUUCCUCUCGCACGCAUUACCUACAAGCGGCCACGCAACUUCAACCGAAAGCGCAGAGAAGGAAGAGAGAGAGCCGUGUGUGAGACAGCAGAAACUUGACAGACCUUUCAGGACAUAAGAGUGGGUCCUCGGCGCCUCAAUGCCCGAACCAGGAGCUCCGCGGCGGACUCCGCAAGGUGUUCCGUACGCCGACCUGCAGCACAUCGUCAACGCCGACGGACAGCACUUGUUCUGCCGCUACUGGGAGCCGGAAGGCCCCCCAAGGGCUCUGGUGUUCGUGGCCCACGGGGCAGGGGAGCAUUGCGGGCCGUACGAUGAGAUUGGCCAGACCCUUAAAAAACAGUCUCUGCUUGUCUUUGCACACGACCAUGGUGAGUCAAACACCCUGUAG